GUAUUUUAUUUUCAGGCGAGACACCACAUGCAAAAUUGUUUUUUUUUUCUCAAGAGAUUAUAGGCUUUGCUUUCCUUUCAGAUUAGUGGAAAGAAAACCUCCAAAGUACAAAUUUAGGUGUUUAUUUUGCUGCAUUUCGCCGAUUUGCGUCUGUAGAUUUCUCCUAAAUUGACCAAAAGUUUGCAUUAGAUCAAGCAUUAUUUGCCUUUUUUUGCACAAAAUUUAAGAAACAAACAAAGAAAAGAAUACAAUUAAGGCCUUAAUUAUGAAGUCCAUAAUCUCUGAGCUGCACUUGAAGUUUGCAGAAAAGACAUGGAAUGAAACCUUUCAGCUUGUCCGAAGAUGCAUGGACAAACCCAAAGAUGAAUCCAUUCCCUGUAAGCUGCUGGUUAGAUCACUGGAAAGGCUCCAGGAAGUGUUUAAUGUGUCCUCCAUGAAGACCAUGAGGUCUCGUCUGGAAGUGAUUGCCAAACAACAAGGAAUGGGUUUCCACAUUACUGAGGCCACAUGCUACCUGACGGCUGAUCUGUUCUACCUGGAGGUGGUGUUGCUGCCGUGUGGCGGGGUGGAGGAGGUAAAAGUGGCUCCACACGGAGGCUCCCCUGCUCCCAGUGAGUGCUUUCUACAGCUGCUGAGGUCAAAACAUUUUGCUGAGUUCUCCAUGAAGUUGGCAGGCCUCUUCACCCAGUACAACGUCCCUGGAGACAAUGAAGUCAAAUUGAAAUUACUUGCCUCUCUGCAAUGCCUUGUGAAAGACUUGGAGCAAAUCUCACAUUUGCCGAGGGUGCCAAAGGACUCUGACCCCCAAGUGGACAUGAUUAACAAUGGCAGGAUUGGGCAUCUGAUCACUGGAAAAGAAGAUUGCCCCCUGUCGAUCCAGUUCUAUAUCCCCCCGAGUGAUGAAAUAAAACCCACAGAUUUACAAACGACUGAUGCAGAGACGUUCAUCCAGGCAGCACAGGUGACUGUAGGCGACAGCGAUGUGACCCACAAGCUUCAGAUGGCGUCUGUGAUCCCACUGCCUGCACAGCUGGAUCCCCAGGGUCAGCCCGUGUUCCUGCCAGUGAGUGAGGCGACACAUGAGACUCUGCCUGCCUGCUUUCUGCUCAGACUGCAGCCAGCAAUACCAGUGAUGUCAUCUUUUGUAAACAAGCUCAGCCAAAUUACAGAUGUGGCCAUACCAGAUGUUGACCUGCAGUGGGCACCCUUACCCAAGCUUCUGAUGAGACGUUCAAGUGCACACAGCCACAGGGAGACAUUAGAUGAGCAGGAUGCUAUUUCCACAGUGCCUCUUCCUGGUGGCGUGAUGCACAGUUAUAUCCUCCCUGGAGCUGCAUGGGAGGCGCCUGCCCAGAGAGGGACUGUAGUGGACAGGGUUCCCUUCACCCUGCCUGCACAUGUCCCGGCCCUGCUGGAGCUGCUUCGUCAUCAGUGCGUCAUCAACGCCCUGCUGACGAGCUGCGUCGCCGCUCCUCAGUGUGCCAGGACAGGUUCGGCUUGUGACCGACACUUUGAAGUCCUGCCGGAGUCUGAGAGCAGCUUUUCUGUGACCUUCCAUCGACCUGACACCGACUCCCUCGCUGUUUUACUGGUGAAUGUACCGGAUCCUCAUCAGAUUACCUGCACUCUGUUCGGAGCAGGAAUAGGGAAUGCUUCUAUGGAUGAACACCUUUCAGCUGUCAUGCAGAGGUCCAUGUCGGUUCCUGUCACCAUGAGGACGCUGUACAGCAAGCUGGAGGAGCUCACCUCUGCUCCACUUUCUCCCAGCCGCCCGGCCGCCACAAAGGCCGAAAAUGACCACUCAUCUCCCUCGAGCACCGCCGCGACCGACACCAACGGCGCCUCGACCAUGAUCCCCCAGAGUUCAGCCGUGCCAGAGGACGGCUUCAGUGUUUCUGGUUCGGCCUGCUAUGGCAUGUCUGUAGCCAAAUCUGAGCUGCUUCCUGAAAUAAACACAAGUCCUGCUGUCAACCCUUAUCCAUUCCCUGCUGUGGGUGUGUUCUCAAACUGGAUGAGCAGUAACGGCCAGCUGUCAGAGCUGAUCUGAAACCGCAUGUUUGUUUACAUGACUCAUGUCGUUUUUUAAACUUCAAUAAAUAUUUUGGUAAAGUUUU